UAAAAGAACACAGGAAACCAAAGCGAGAAAUAAAGUUCACAACAGCAGAGUCUUGGAAAAACCAGGUUGUAGCACAGCUGGGAAAAGUAUGUUUGUGAGCACAGUUCACAACAGCACUGUCUUGGAAAAAACAGGAUGUAAUACAGCUGGGACUAGUACAUUUGUGAGCACAGAUGCUAACAGAAAUAAGGAUACAAACGAGUGUACUGAAGAUGCUAAAAGAAAAUUGGAAAAAAUUGAGAGUAGUACUGAAGACACAGACUUAUCUUCCGAGGACGUCGCUUUGCUGAGUCCACUUUUAUUGGAUACUUCCAAACAGGAAUUGUUUGAACCAACAGAAGAUGAACUUUAUACCAUUGAAAGAAUAAUUAAAGAAAGGAAGAAGAAAAACAAUAAGACAGAAGUACUAGUGAAAUGGGAAGGGUACUCAAAACCAUCAUGGGUUGACAAAACAGAAAUAAAAAACAUAGAUAAAUAGAUUUAAAAAAGUGAACUCUUAUUUAGGUUUGAAUAUAACAAUGGGAAAGGACAAUUUUGUAAGGUCACUCGAAAGUGUGAAUAUGUUCUAAAUUGGUCAGAUAAUAUUUGGUCAUGUUUUAUGAAGAUUUAAGCCCUCGGCUUCGCCUUAGGCUUAAAUCUCCAUAAAACGUUCCUAAGUAUUGUCCAACCUAUAAAAAAUUGAACAAUCAGUCUGACAACUCACUUAUUAACAAAAAAGGUUUAAACCCACUGAAUAAAUGUCUACCAACUCGCCCAACUUAUAAAAAUCUAUUGCUUCCUUUAAGUAUGUUAAGUUACUGUGAGUUCGUAUCCAGUCAUCCUGGUAUAGUGGUAUGUGUCGUGGCUUGAUAUGCUAAAAGUCUUUUCUACGUGGAUUUUGAUAUAAAAAAUUAUAAGUUUAAAGGGGAAUUGACAUUCCCAGCAAAAUGGCAUGCACAGGAGCUGGGAUGUAACACACUUAUUCUACCUGGAAAACUGGUAACACAUCACAAAGUUUACAUCGAAAUGUCGAGAGUGUGAAGGUAACUGUAAUAUCAUUGAUAAGCUUGUUUGCUAGCUUAACCAUGAAGUCAUAAUAAUGUAAGGUGUACUAUCCUCCUUUUAAGAGUAAAGACUUUUCAGACACUGACAGAUAACCAAUAUAAUUAUACUACACAAAAAGGAGGUAGUAUAGUUACCUUAUAAUGAUUUUAUGGUUCAGUUAUAAGCAGGCUAGCCAAAUAUGCCACCUUUAUCUUCACACUCACGGCGUUUUGUAGCAUCAAUAAUGAAUAAAUUAUAGUUAUAAGGCCUUGUUAGACUUGAUUAUCACAAACACAAUGCAACGAACAAGAAAUACAUUUUCUUUUCUAAACCGGGCAUAAAGUUUUACGCAAAAAAAGUUAAGUCAUAUGAGAAGCUUCUUUUAUAAUUUUUUUUUUAUCCAGUAAAAUGUAUUUGUUACUUAUAUUUCUUGAUGUUCUCUUUUAUCCAUUGUUUAUUGAUUUGUGAACGUCUAAUAAGAUUUAGUUAAACAGUCCCUAAAAAAAUAGAAAAAAAUAUGAAUUUUUACUUUGACUUGCCUUUCUCUAAUAUGAAGAAUAUUUGCAAUUCUUAUAUAUAUA